AUGGAGGGGCUCCGAUUCGCCCCGAUCAGCAUAUCCCAGUGGGGUGCGGCUCAAAGCGUACUAGUCAAAGCGAUCGGAGUAGAAGGCGCCUGCUCGGCACAGAUGCCGACAGCGGGAAAGAGCUCAAGAUCGGCCCGAAACAUUGGCGGCCGAUCCGAGAAGGAGCCGACUCCUGCUUGGAGCUUGAAUAAGGGCGUGGAAUCAUUGGAUGAGGAGGAUAAAGGGAUAUAUUUCCCAAUCCGGAAAUCACCUAGCCAUUGUGUUGUAGGAACGGAGGAUUUCAGUUCGUCUUCUGUCAAGAUCCAUUUCCAUCAAGGGCACCACAUGUAG